AUAAACAAACCAACCAAUAAUUCGUUUCCGGUUGUUUGUUUUUUCGAAGCAGCGGGAAAGAAAGCAAGUGAAAGAGACGUUUUUUAUGAAGAAAAUGGAAAAGGUUGAGUUUUAGACCUGCCUUGACGAUCAAAAAACCACUAUGAGUUCGGCAAGCAAGGUCGGCGAGAUAUUUACGGCAGCUGGUGCAGCUUUCAGUAAGCUUGGGGAACUAACAAUGCAGCUUCAUCCAUCUGCUGAACAAAGUCCUGCAAGUGGAAAAUGGACAGACCAGGAAGUAGAGGCCUUAAGAGCAUCUGUAAGAAGGUUUGGUGAAGAUCUCAAUAAAAUAAGUGAUGUUAUUAAAAAUAGAACAACUACACAGAUUCGUACACAGUUGAAGCGGAAAGCCUAUGAAGAUGCUGGACUUCCACCUCCAUCUGAACCCUCCCCUAAGAAACAAAGUACACAGAAACAACAACAACAGGUUGUAGAACAACAAUCAGCGAAAAAACAAGAGAGAAGAGAAGUGACAUUGAGUGCUUUAAAUGCACCUGAAAGUGACGUUGAUAUUGAAGGUCUAGGAGAAGCUGGCGGUUCGAAGAAAUUAGAUUUUGAUUCAGAUCUGGAUUCAAGUUUAUUAUAAACAUGUGACGGAAAAUGAAAUGUUUGAUAUGAACUUCUACUAAGAGAAGACUAACUACAUUCUUUUCAUCACAAGAAUGAAAUGGCAUUCACUGGUUAUGAGGGCAUGCUCCUAGUUUUAAUCACAACUGAAAGAUUUUAAAUCAUUUUACGUGGGAUGUGUCAUUUUAUAGAGGGGGAUAAUCCAAUUCAGUGUAGUGCACAGAAUUUGUUAAUACGCUUUAUAUUCCCUGGCUAACAUGGGCAUUACAUGUAUAUAUCCUCUACAUAUUCUUUUCUGACCAUUUUUUUUGUCAUCACUGCUAUAAAAUAAAAUGUCCAUUACAUAUUGGCAGCAUAGUUUUAGACAUGUACUUUUUGGACUGGACACCUGCUUCUUUAUGAAAUAUGUUUAGAUGCAUUUUCAUAAUUCCUAGACAAUUUAAUAAUUAGUCAAAAUUAUUUUGAUUUUUUCUAGUGUGAAUGUAUUAUUGAUCAACUGAAAAAUAUCAAUAAUACAUGAAUAUUGUUUCUAUCAAAGAUAGCUCUAAGAUGUACACAAAUAAAUGCCAUUAUACAAAUGCAAUAUUUUUUUUGCUGAAUAUAAUCUAUUCAGAAUGGUGUAAACUUGGGACUGUCAGUAUGUGUUCAUUGUA